ACCGCGACCGCCGCCCCCCCCCACAACAUGGCGGCCUCCUGCGUGGCUGUGCUGCUGACGUCCCUGUCUCUGCCGCUGCUGCUCCUGGUUGCGUAUAAGCGCUGGCGGCGCGGAUGCGCGGCCCGGCACGUGAUGGUCGUGGUCCUGGGCGACGUGGGCCGCAGCCCCCGCAUGCAGUACCACGCGCUGUCGUUGGCCAAGUGCGGCUUUUCCGUGACCCUGCUGGGGUUCUGCAACUCCAAACCCCACGAUGAGCUAUUGCAGAGCGACAGAAUUCAGAUUGUGAGUUUGCCAGAACUUCAGAGACUUGCAGUUGGGCCCCACAUUCUCCAAUAUGGAGUCAAAGUUGUAUUUCAGGCGGUGCACUUGCUGUGGAAGUUGAUGUGCUGGGAGCCAGCAGCCUACAUCUUUCUCCAGAACCCACCAGGCUUGCCUGCCAUUGCCAUCUGCUGGUUUGUGGGCUGCCUCUGUGGGAGCAAGCUCGUCACUGACUGGCACAACUAUGGCUACUCCAUUUUGGGUCUGGGGCACGGCCCCCGCCACUGCCUUGUGCUGCUGGCCAAGUGGUACGAGAAGAUCUGCGGACGCCUGUCCCACCUGAACUUGUGUGUGACCAACGCGAUGCGGGAAGAUCUGGCAGAGAACUGGGGUAUCAGAGCUGUGACCGUCUACGACAAGCCAGCAUCUUUCUUUAAAGAGACGCCCUUGGACCUGCAACACCAGCUCUUUGUGAAGCUGGGCCGAACCUACUCUGCAUUCAGGGCCUGCUCAGAACCCUUGGACCCGGCCUCGGAGAGGUCAGCCUUCACGGAGCAGGAUGCUCGGAGUGGGACGGUGACACGUCUUGGAGGGCGGCCAGCCCUGUUGGUCAGCAGCACGAGCUGGACAGAAGACGAGGACUUCUCCAUCUUGCUGGCUGCAUUAGAAAAGUUUGAACAGCUGAUCCUGGAUGGGGAAAGCCUUCCUUCUCUGGUCUGUGUGAUAACAGGCAAAGGUCCUCUAAAGGAGUAUUACAGCCGCCUUAUCGACCGAAAGCGUUUCCAGCACAUCCAGGUCUGUACGCCGUGGCUGGAGGCCGAGGACUACCCCCUGCUCCUAGGGUCAGCGGACCUGGGUGUGUGCCUGCACAAAUCCUCUAGUGGCCUGGACCUGCCCAUGAAGGUGGUGGACAUGUUCGGGUGCUGCCUGCCUGUGUGUGCCCUGGACUUCCAGUGUUUACAUGAACUCGUGAAACACGAGGAAAACGGCCUGGUCUUUGAGGACGCGGAGGAACUGGCGGCUCAGCUGCAGAUGCUUUUCUCAAAGUUUCCUGAUCCUGCUGGCAAACUAAACCAGUUCCGGAAGAACCUCCAGGAGUCCGAGCAGCUCCACUGGGACGAGAGCUGGAAACAGACGGUGCUCCCCUUGGUUAUGGACAUGUGACCCCCUUUGGCCAAAGACUGAAACCCCCUAAGCGUGUCCUUGUGCUGGACGUUAUGCAGAGAGAGACCCUCACGCUGACGUCCAGUCCCUGGGCAGACGCUGUAGAGCAGCGCCCCCCAGUGGACGGCAGCUGACAGGAGCGCCUGCAGAAUGAAGAUACUUUUUAAAGUAACUUCAGGAGUUUGUGGCCCAGGAAACUGGUUCAGCCUGGUUACUUCUUUGGAGGCUCUGAAUCACCUCUUUUCUUCUGUUGUGUGAGGGCCCCCCUCCUGCCCUCCGGUGUGUUACUCUACUGUUACUUGCUUGUGGCUUCUUUGACAUUUCUUCGUCCCUGUCUUUGUCUCCCGGUGUCUGCCUUCCCUAGCAUCUGCCCUGUUGGGUCCUUAUUAUUUUGAUUCUUGCCUUGAAUCACAAGGCUGCACUGGGAGAGCAUGAAGACCUGCACAAUAGGCUUGGCUUUCGGAGGGACAUGUGUCCAGGUUGGGGGAAAUCAUACUCGGUACAUUUUUAUUCCACAUUUUCCUUCCUGAUUUAUGGGAUUUGCUUGAACUACUGGCAGAAAGCACAUACUUGAACAGCUUAUAUUUUAUUAGAACACAGUUUGUGGUUCCUGAUUCUGAAUUAAUAAAUUAAGUCAUUCAAGUCCAGUGAAAGUUUUAUCAGCUUUCCCACAUAAAAAUUCUUUCCAGGAUAGUGAUUUAAUUUUCCCUUUAAUCUUCAAAAAUGUAGACUUACAGCGUCAGUUUCAGAAUGGCCAUUUCCGAGUGCUCCUCAUAGGAGAACAGUUUCUGGUCAUGCUGUGGCACUUUUUCCCAUGGGAUCCCGGCCCGGCCUGGAGACAGAGCACACGCAUCUCAGGGUGGUGGGGCUCGGGGCUAGGAGGCCACCCAAUCAGCGAGGGUGCAGGACGGACCUGGGGGUGCAUAAAUGAUGGUUCCAGGCCCCAUCUAGACACUCAGAACCAGCCUCCAGGGGUGGGAUGAGUUUUUAAGCAGUUCGUAGCAGGUUUGCCAUCUCUACCCACCGGGCCAUGCCCGGGCCUGGCAGUCACAGGCCCGUCUGGGUCCCUGUCACUUUGCACUGGUCCUCCUCCCCAUCACCAGGUACAGCUUAGGAGGAGCCAAGACGUGAGCCAUUUCUUCCUGAGCCUCCAGCCUGGCAUCUCUUCACAAAGGCUGGACACGGGUCAGAAGGGACUCAUUCAGGUCUGAAGAGCGCUUGGCAAGGACCAUUGUCAUCACUGGUUUUUAUGAAUGAGACAUUAACAUUCAUAAAAAUGAAGUGUUAGACAUAUAAGUGUAGAAGUGUUUAUAAUUCUGCCAUCCAACUACAAUAACUGUUAGUUGGUAUAUAUUCUUCUAGAUUUUCUCCCUUAUGUACAUUAAUAUGAAGAUGAUGAUUUUUAAAAAUAAAAUGGGCUUAAACUAUU